AUGAGCGCCAGCCAACCAGGGGCCUGCCCGUGCCAGGGUGCUACAAGCCACCCGACCAUUCUGUACACACUUCUGAGCCCCAGCCUCCGGCCCAGGCCCUCAGUGCCCCCAUCCCCAAGCCGCUGCCUGUGCCUACAGCACCGGCCUGUCCGCCUGUGUGCCCCCCACCGCACCUGCCGGGAGGCCUUGGAUGUCCUGGCCAAAACAGUGGCCUUCCUCAGGAACCUGCCCUCCUUCUGCCAGCUCCCUCCGCAGGAUCAGCGGCGGCUGCUACAGGGCUGCUGGGGCUCUCUCUUCCUGCUUGGGUUGGCCCAAGACACAGUGACCUUUGAGGUGGCUGAAGCCCCAGUGCCCAGCAUACUCAAGAAGAUCCUGCUGGAGGAGCCCAGCAGCAGUGCUGGCUGGGGACAGCCACCCGACAGGCCCCAGCCCUCGCUGGCUGCUGUGCAGUGGCUUCAGUGCUGCCUAGAAUCCUUCUGGAGUCUCAAGCUGGGCCCCAAAGAGUAUGCCUACCUGAAAGGAACCAUCCUCUUCAAUCCAGAUGUGCCAGGCCUUCAUGCCUCCUCCCACAUUGGGCACCUGCAGCAGGAGGCUCACUGGGCCCUGUGUGAAGUCCUGGAGCCCUGGUACCCAGCAGGCCAAGGCCGCUUGGCACGGGUCCUCCUCACGGCCUCCUCUCUUAAGAGCAUUCCAUCCAGCCUUCUUGGGGACCUCUUCUUUCGCCCUAUCAUUGGAGAUGUAGACAUCACUGGACUCCUCGAGGACAUGCUUUUGCUGAGGUGA